AUGUCAACUCCAUCCAAGAAAACAAAAGCCGCCAAACGCGACCCCCAAGAGAACAAGAGUGCCGACGCUUUGGACGAAACCCCGUCCGGAAUCACAAUUGUCUCGCCAGCAGGAGACGUCGUACUACUCGUUCAACGGGAAACCUCCACACAAGAGACAUGCAAAUACAGAGUCGACUCGAGCACGCUGAAACAUGCCUCGACCUACUUCAGCCGACUCUUUGAUCCCACCUUCCAAGAAGGCACCCAAGUGGCAGGCGUCCACCAACAGCUCAAGACCAAAUAUAUAACUCUGGAUGCAUCCGUACCCGCCGAUGAACUUCCUCAAGUCAAGAUCGUAGACGUUGGUCGCAUCUCGCCUUCAGUCAAGACCAUCAAGCCCCUCAUGGCUGACUUCUUGUGCGCUCUGCACGCGCGCAACUUGACCACCCCCACUCCACCUCUGGCCAACGUCGCAAAUCUCUGCAUCGUAGCCGAUCGUUUUGAUUGCCUCGUACCGUGGCGUGCGUACUGCAAGAACCACAAAAUGAUUGCCGCUCUGGACGCAAGAUCAAAAGUUGCUAUAUCGUGGACAGAAGAGCGCACACGCCAACGCUUGCUGGUCGGCAUAUUUCUGGAGAAUGCAAGCUGGGUAUACCAGGCAUCUCUCCGUCUAAUACACCGUGGCUGGGUCGGUCGCGAACCCCAAGACGACGCCGCGCUAUGGUGUGAUCUUCCCGCAGGCAUCGAAGACGAAUUGCUCUUCCGCCGGGACUGCAUACUCGAGACCACGCAAUCAAUACAAACACAUUUCCUCACUCUAUACACAUCUCGAGAACGACAGUGUAAACUCGGCUACACUUCCAGCGCCGAGUGCGACAUGUUCCAGCUGGGCCAGACCAUAAAGUUCUUCAACCGCAUCAACACCCUCUCAUUACAAGGCACGAUUUUUGCAACCUCUGAUGCGCCUGAGCCCUACGAUGGCGAUAUCCUGGAUCUGGUCGAUAGCUUCAAGCAAGCUCCCGAGUACCAGGUCGACACCAAUCACCACCACUGCGGCAUCCGCACGCGCAUCAUGCCUUUGCUGGAUCUCUUGGUGCUUGCUUUGGGUGAGGUAGGCGUGUGCUGGUGGUGUUGGCACGAGUGCAGACACGACUACGCCUGGUCCAAAGUCAAGAGACCGCUGAUGUGGAAAAAAGACUCUGCGGGUGCGAGUAUGCAUCAGCAUUACAAGAACCGGCAAGCUCAGAGUCAUUUGUUCAAGCAUCUGGACACUAGAGAUCUUUUCAUGGCUAACCAAAGGCUUUGGACGGGUUGA